CGGAGCUCUUCGACCUCGCCGACACGAGGCGAUGUCGACCUUCGGCCAGGUCUUCCGCGUGACGACCUUUGGCGAGUCGCACUGCAAGGGCGUCGGCGCGAUCGUCGACGGCUGCCCGCCGUGCCUCGCGCUGACCGAGGCGGACAUCCAGCCUCAGCUGACGCGCCGACGGCCGGGCCAGUCGCGCCUGACCACGCCGCGUGCCGAGAAGGACCUCGUCCAGAUCCUGUCGGGCACCGAGCACGGGCACACGCUGGGCACGCCGAUCGGCCUGUUUGUGCCAAACGAGGACCAGCGGCCGGGCGACUACAAGGAGAUGAGCGACAUCCCGCGGCCGGGCCACGCCGACUUCACCUACCUCAUCAAGUACGGCAACAAGGCCUCCUCGGGCGGCGGCCGCUCGUCCGCGCGCGAGACGAUCGGCCGCGUCGCGGCGGGCGCAAUCGCCGAAAAGUGGCUGCGCGGGACGUAUGGGACGGAGAUUAGCUGCUGGGUCUCGUCGAUCGGGGACGUCUCGCUGCCGGAGUCGGCCGUCCCUCGCGGCGAGGGCGGCUGCCUCGUCGGCUGGACGCGCGCACAGGUGGACGAGUAUGGCACGCUGCGCAUGCUUCGAGACCCGGCGACCUUCCAUCGCGUUGGGGAGGCCGAGGUCGCGGACGCCGACGAGCGGCGCAAGGCGAACAUCGACGCCGAGGUUGCGGCGGAGGACGCCUUCCUCAAGCUUGUCGGCGUGCACGCUGGCGCCUCUGCAGCGGGUGUCGCGGAGGCCGCCAAGCGCGGCGUCAAGGUCGAGAAGGACUCUAUCGGCGGGGCGGUGGCGUGCGUCUGCACCGGCGUGCCGGCCGCGCUGGGCGAGCCGGUCUUCGACCGGCUGGAGGCCAAGAUGGCGCACGCGAUGAUGUCGCUCCCGGCCACCAAGGGCUUCGAGAUCGGCUCCGGCUUUGGCGGCACCGUCAUGCGAGGCUCCACACACAACGACCCCUUCGUGGCCAAUCCGGUCGGCGGCAAGCCCGGCGACAGCGGGCGGCCCGCGCUCGGCGUCUCGUCCAACUACGCGGGCGGUACGCUCGGAGGCAUCUCGUCGGGAGCGCCCGUCUACUUCAAGAUCGCCGUCAAGUCGGUGUCCACCAUCGGACAGGCGCAGCAGACCUCGCGGCUCACCGGCGAGGCAAUCACCCUCGAGGCAAAGGGGCGGCACGACCCGUGCGUGCUGCCUCGCACUCCGCCGCUAGUCGAGGGCAUGGCCGCGCUCGUCCUCAUCGACGCGGCGCUGCUGCAGCGGACGCGGCUGGGCGGGGCCUGCACCACCGUGUGCGACGGCACGCGCAACUUUGACCCCGCGAACCCGUGGGGCGACGCGGCCAACGGCGCCGCCAACGGCGCCGCCAACGGCGCGCCGGCGGCGAAGAAGGCGCGCAAGUGAGGGGCGCAGGGGAGGGCGCGGAGGUCCUGCGGCCUCUUUUGCGACGGCCGCGCCCCCAGCCGUGCCGCACGCGUGGAGAAGGGAGGACGCACGCGGCGCCGGCGGGGAAGGCGGCGUUGCGCGAGGUCGGAUCCUUCUCUCGCGCGUUCGCAUUUCGGUACUCUCGGCCCCGCGCGUUGUUUCUCUUCUCCGCGCGACCCGUGGGGCAUGGGCACACACCGCUGAUUGAUUUAUAUUACGGCUUUAGAGUAUACGGCAUUUGUGCAAUGCUCGUUCGUGCUUCUAAGUUACUUUUGCGAGCUU